ACCAAAACCUUGUGGGGAAACAGAUUCUCUUUUUCCACUAAAUGUCAUGGUGAAAAUUAUAAAAGGGGUGACCCAAACAUUUUCCAGUGCAGUCACCCUAAUAAUUGCUUUCUCUGUCACACCUCUCCGACACUCGCACAACAAGCGGCACCACAAAGCCAUUUGCUGAGGAGAACAAAGGAAAAAGCUAAAACUCAGAGACGUCAGGAAAAGAGCAACAGACACAAAGGAAAGGUGUAGGAGGUACAACAUGCUCUUUCUUCUACACAGAGCUCCUGCAGUUAUGAAAGCAAUUCCAUCAUGUGUUGGGUAAAAUACUGGCUAUGAAAAUUUAUGUUCCAUAAUAUAGGAUAAUCACUCAGGCAACAGGUGUAAAGGCCUACAAGAUUCUCCCCCACCAGGUGACAUUUAUCACGCUGGAUGUGGUUAAUUUCGAAAUGUCACAUCACCUGCCAAAGAAAUAAGAAACACCAACCUUCUGCAAAGCUUACCCUCAACACAGGACUUCUUCAACAAGUUCAAAACCACAUUGACAUUGGAAUGUUUAAAAAUGGCACUGGAACACACAGAGAUGGUGAUAACCGGAGCAGGCAAAGUCAGCAACCUCCACACCAAUAUCAAAAGGAAGAUUGUCCAAACUUUUCCAGCACACAGAUGAAACCCAAAGGAAUUACUUCACCUCUGACCACUGCUAAGCCCAUGGCCACUAAGGUUUCUGUCAACUUGGAGAGUGAUCCCAGAAGUCCUGGCUCAUCUCACAUUCAAAAUUCCCCUCUACAUCAGCAGAGUACCAGCGAAAAUAUAAGCAAACAGCGGCUUCAUUUUCAACAGCCCCGGCCAUCAGUACUACGCAAAGGCAACCAGCCUUUCCCACAAGCUGUGACCUUUCAGUCUGGUGUGCACAACUGGGUUGUGGAUGCUGUGUGUAAGACAGAGCCUGAAAGUGACCUGUCAGAUUUUGCCCCACUUUACACUGGCCAAUCCGAAAGCAGGCUCAGGGCCUCCAGGUCAGCUCCUCAGGCAAGCAGCCAAGAGCAGACUGAAAAUUUUUUCUCUAGGCAUCGAUAUGCUCUUCCAGAAGGCUUGCUGUAUGUUAAAGGACAAUGUAGAUGGCCAGGAUGCUUAAGGAGCAGGGAAGUGUUCAAGGAAUAUGCACAUUUCUUAAAACAUCUGUCUACUGAGCAUGCUCAUGGGGACAGAAGUGUAGCCCAGCUGAGGAUGCAGAAAGACAAGGUACAACAUAUGGAGACUCAGUUGACUGCAGAGAGACAGAAACUGCAGGCUAUGCAGCUACACCUGUUUGAUGUCAAAUCUACCUUUGAGGCUGGGAACAGUCUGGAGAAGACAAGACAUCUCUCAGGACUCCUGCAACCUGCAGCAUGUCAGAAUGUUGAUGUUCUCUUUGACAGUGAGAGAGGGGCAGCUGAUGCAUUGACACAAGGAUACUGGCAGAUCUCUACCUCACAAGUUAUACCAGGGAUUAUCCCCAGUUUUGAGUAUUACAAGUACACAAACAUCAGGCCACCUUUAACUUAUGCCUCCAUGAUAAGAUGGGCGAUCCUGGAGUCUCCAGAGAAGCAGCUGACACUGAACGAAAUCUAUCACUGGUUUACCCAAAUGUUCUUCUACUUCCGCCACAACACGGCCACGUGGAAGAAUGCUGUUCGGCAUAACCUCAGUCUUCAUAAGUGCUUUGUGCGUGUAGAAGGAAGGAAAGGUUCCGUUUGGACAGUGGAUGAGGAGGAAUUUCUCAGAAGGAAAGGACAAAAGCUGCAAAGGGACCAGGACAUGGGCUGGAUGGCACCUUUUCACCUGUUUCCUCUGAAUCCACAAGGUGAAUCUUACCAGAUAUGAGGCCCAUAUGGAAUCUGGUUAAGAUAUUGCAAAUUAUAUUCAAUUACUAACAAAAUAACAACUAUUUGAAGAACAGUUCACAUCCAUGUUUUUGCAGCUAAUGGGAUGUCAUCCUAUGAAGGACAGAAAUGGUUGUUUUAAGUUCUUUGAGAUUGAUGGUACUCUACAGAGGCAUAUUUUGAAAAUGUUUUAAAUCUUACUGCUGUACAAAUAAUACAGUUUAAUUUAAUAUUGAAAACCAUGCUGUUAUACAAAAUUAUACAUCUCUAUUUUUAUGAAUGUUUUUAUGCAAAUAAAGA